AUGUCUGUUGUCACUGACGGAGCUCCUGCCAUAGUGAUACGACAUGGUGGGUUUAUCGCCGUUUUGAAGAGGGAGGUACCAGAUAUUUUAGCUGUUCACUGCGCGAUUCACAAGCACCAUUUAGUAGGAAAAAAUCUCAGCGACCGUUUGCAUCAGUCAUUGCAAUAUGCCACAUCUGCUGUGAACAAAAUUAGCAAUAAUGCUCUCAACGAUUGUUUAUUGAGACAGAUGUGUAAGAAAAACGAUGAAGAAUAUCGCUUGCUACUGCACACCGAGAUUCGCAGGAUUCUCAAAGGCGCCUGUCUCAAUAAGGUUUUUAAUCUUUUCGACUCUGGGAUUGAGUUCCCCAAAGACAGAGAUGUAGCUUUGAGAGAUAGAUUGUUAGAAUUUGAGACAGAC